AAAAACGCCACGCCGUAGUAAUUGUAAAAACUUCUCGUCAUCAAAUGGGCGCGGUUAUGAGAAAGGUUACGUGUGCAUGUGAUAAUGUCAUACAAACGCGCUCAGUGAUUGGCUGGACUACUUCCUGCUUCCCGUCGUUCAUUCACGCACGUGAAGGUCAGCAAAUAAGCCACCAGGCAGUGAUAUUUGAAAUAAAUAGUGUCAUUACGACGCGUUUGGGGGAGACAUGGACGGCCAGGGAGCGACAUCAGACCCUCAACUUCAACAUUUUAUCGAGAUCGAGUCUCAGAAACAGAGAUUUCAGCAGCUGGUGCAUCAAAUGACUGAGGUUUGCUGGGAAAAAUGCAUGGAUAAACCUGGGCCAAAGCUGGACUCCAAGACUGAAAUGUGUUUCGUUAACUGCGUGGAGCGAUUCAUUGACACCAGCCAGUUCAUCCUUAACAGAUUGGAACAGACACAGAGGAGCAGGGGGGGAUUCUCCGAGUCUAUGUCUGACUGAAAGAGAAAAAAAAAAAACUAGCUGAAAAGAUGGACAACGCAUCUGGGGAGCAGCUCCUGCUCUGCGAGGAAGCCGUGUGAUCCUGAAGCAGCCGUCAAGAUAGAGCUGUCCAAUCAAGUGGGAAUAUAAAGUGUUCACUUUUAAAACAAGUGCCUGACAUUAACACCUUAUGAGGACUCAUGUAAGAGUUGAGGGGUCUUGUCUGUCCGCUGCUGAAAGAUGAGAGUUACAAAAUGUUUAGACUGUGUUGGAAAUCAUAACAAUUUCUGCAAGUUAACCAUUGAAACCGUGCAACUCGGUUUGAAUGUGUUAUCUGAGGAAAGAUGCUGGAGUAUUCAGCUUGCCAGCUGUGGUUGACUGCUACAUGGACCUCACCACACACUCGUGUCGGAUAAUACACCCUUCAAUGUCUUGACUGAUACAAUUCCGGACUGUACAUAGGCAAUAAAAGAAAUGCAAAAUCAUUUUUGUCUAU